UUGCCUCCGCGCCGGUGUCCUCUGUCCCUCGCUGCCACCUAAGCUCGCUUUCCCGGUGCGCCUGCCUCCUAGCAGCUCUCUGCGGCUGCACAACCCGGGUUCCCGCCUUGCAUGCUCUCGCCACCCUACCCCCACUUUAAAAAAAAUUUUUUUUUUCUUUCUUCUUUUAACUUUUCUCCCCGGCUGCGCUCUGUUGAUGCUAAGUGUUCGCCGCGGCCCUCUCUGCCAUCUCUCCAGGUUGCAUCUGGCGAGGAUCUCCGAGAGCAGCUCGCGGCGGCCCGGGGGUGCUCGCCCACGGGAGAGCUGCGGGGCGCGGCGCGGGGCGGGGCGGGGCGGCGGCGCCCAGGGCGGGGAGGAGCAGCCUCCCGCACGGCGGAGCCGGGGCUCGGCAGCCCAGCCGCUCCCUGCGUCGGGGCGGCGGGCGAGCGGCCGAGGCGAUGGCAGGCGAGGGGCGAGCGCCUGGGAACGGGCGCGGGACGCGGAGCGCGCGGGGGCGGGGGCCGGCUCGGGGAGCCCCGGGGUGCCGGACGAUCUAAGGCGGCCGUGGCACCCGGGAGCCGGGCCGCGGGCAGCGCCGCCGCCGGGGGCGUCGCCGGCCUCGGCCCCUUUGUUCUCGCGCGCGCCCCCUCGCCGCCCACUCCCCUGCUGUCGCGCGGCGGCGGCGGCGGCGGUGGCGGCGGCGGCUCCUCCCGCCCGAGGCAGUUGAGCUCCGCGCCGGGGGCGGGAGGGGGCGGGGAGCGCGCCAGCCGUGGAGAGUGGGGGGCGAUGGCGAAGCUCAGGGUGGCUUACGAGUACACGGAAGCCGAAGACAAGAGCAUCCGGCUCGGCUUGUUCCUCAUCAUCUCCGGCGUCGUGUCGCUCUUCAUCUUCGGCUUCUGCUGGCUCAGUCCCGCCUUGCAGGAUCUGCAAGCCACGGCGGCCAACUGCACGGUGCUGUCGGUGCAGCAGAUCGGCGAGCUGUUCGAGUGCACCUUCACCUGUGGCACCGACUGCAGGGGCACCUCGCAGUACCCCUGCGUCCAGGUAUACGUGAACAACUCCGAGUCCAACUCCAGGGCGCUGCUACACAGCGACCAGCACCAGCUCCUGACCAACCCCAAGUGCUCCUAUAUCCCGCCCUGUACGAGAGAAAACCAGAAGAAUUUGGAAAGUGUCAUGAACUGGCAACAGUACUGGAAAGAUGAGAUCGGCUCCCAGCCAUUUACUUGCUAUUUUAAUCAACAGCAAAGACCAGAGGACGUUCUCCUACGCCGCACGCAUGAUGACAUCGUCCUCCUGCACUGCUUCCUCUGGCCAGUGGUGACAUUUGUGGUGGGCGUGCUCAUUGUGGUCCUGACCAUUUGUGCCAAGAGCCUGGCGGUCAAGGCAGAAGCCAUGAAGAAGCGCAAGUUCUCCUAACGGGGAUGAGGAUUGUGGGAAGCCAUGCCCAGAGGCUGUCCCAUCAGGUCAGCGCUCGCCUGCCCCGCAGAGCCCACAUUUGGUGGCACAGGAGAUGGAAGGGGCCGCAGCAGGCCUCCGCGAGGCCGCUUCUUCAGUGGCGGCAGAAACAGGCACAGCUGGAAGAGUCGGGAACUUAUCACCUGUAUCCCCCGUGCUGUAGCAGUGGCUAAAGGGUCAAGCUCUUAGCUAUAUGGAGUGACUGUUUGGAAAACCCUCUAAGAAGUUGGUUUUCUUUGGAAAGUACAGGUAUCUUAUUUGUAUAGUGUGGCAUACAAACCAUUAUGAUUUAUGCUUCUUACAAAUAUUAAAAUGCAGUGCUCUGUG